CUGUAGUACAACAUCAAAAGCAACAAAAUAUGUGGUAAUGGUAAUGGUAAUAAUAAGCUUAGCGAAUCAUGCCCCUAAUCACUCGUCACAACUGCUAAUCUGGCGAAGCCACUCCUUACGCCAGCCACUCACGCAGAAUAGUUCAUAGGGGUAAAAUUGUCAUUCUGCACAGUCAGUCAUUCAGAGGUCCAACCAAACAGCACUUAUUGGCUCAGCACUUACUGACUCAGAGUCUCUUAACCAUUCAGACCUCUUACUGGUUCAGCAGUCAGAGGUUGCCAAACAGCCCCUUAGUCUCCCAGAAAGUACACUACACCCACGAACGGAGGUGCCAGAUUUGGUGGUGACGACUGACAGCUGCGAGGGUUCAGUCAUUCUAGCUUUUGUCCACAUCAACGUUUAGGGACCACGGAGGGGAUGUGGGCAAAUGGCGGGGAGUUUGGGGUUAGCAGAUCAGUAAAUUGGGAAGCAUUGAUUAAAUGGUAGUCUUCUUAGUUCUUACAAGGUGGAGAAUGGGACCACUUCGACAUCGCCGCCGCUGUAGUACUGGGAUACAGGAAAGGAAGUUAGUCUUGAAAAUUCAUUUGUGAUACACACGAGACAACAAUUAUUGCAAAUUGGUAACCUACACCAGUCAUCUCAGUAAGUAAGCAGAGGAUGCCCUGUCGCACUGCAACAGAGACAAUAGCAGGCUCUCUUGUCUCGUCAAAUUUGUUGAGCUAAUUACAUGGGCCAGAUGGCCAUGGAUAUGGGUAAACUAGGAACGCUAGAGGGCUUCAUUUUCCAGGUUAGCUUAAUUCUUCUGGUAAUUUAAAAAGGCGCGCCAGAUGCGUGAGGCAAUGAAGAAAGUGCCUCAACUUGAGCAUGCAAAGACAACAACAACCAUACUCAGUAUAUCCCACAAAUAGCAAAGCUACUUAUAGGGUCUGGGAGGGUGGGAUAGAGAGACUGCUUCCAGAGACCCCCGGCUCCAAGAAGCAUAAAAUGAAAUUACAACCAGUGGAUGUUUACAAAUGUCAGAAGAUUAGAGACCGGACUAAUAAGGAUGCAGUCAAUAGGGGGCUUUGUCUUUGGGGUUUGACGAGGCCAAAAGGGCAGACCGUAUGGCAUCUUUCAUCAUCCACAAACCUCGAGAAAGAUCACAUUUCACUAAGGCUGCAUUUUAAACACAAUCAUUUUGUUAAUUAUCUUAUUUUUAGCAAGAGAUCAUUGAUACACUAGAACAAAGAGAUCAUUGAUACACUAGAACAUUUCACUAAGGCCAAAAGGGAAGCCGGUGUUUGAAAAGUUUUCGUCUAAACUUUCAAACUGGAAAGCAAGACAUCUUUCUUUUGCGGGCCGUAUGACUCUAGCGAAAUCGGUCCUUGGAAGCUUGCCCUCUUACUUCCUCUCUUUGUUUGCUGCCCCUAAAGGAGUUAUUGAAAAACUUGAAAAAAUUAGAAGGAAUUUUGUGUGGGGGAACUCGAACUCGGGGCAUAAGAUGAGAUGGAUCCGGUGGGAGCUUCUGUCUAAAGCUAAAAGAAAAGGUGGAAUGGGUCUUGGAGCGAUCAAUAAUUUUAAUUUGGCAAUGCUCGUCAAAUGGUGGUGGAAAUUUCUCUCAAACCCUAACGACUUAUGGGCUAAGGUGGUGGGGGCGAUUCACUCGGGUAAUCCGAACUCCUCUUUUUCUCUUAUUCCGGUCAAGAAGACUAUAGCUGGGGUAUGGAAGGGUAUUGGAUCAGUUGCCUCUACCCUCCAAAAAUAUGGGAUUAACCUCAAAGAUAAAUUCGUGCAAAGCGGAGGAAGAUGGUUAUGGCACUCGACCGAUGUCGAAGAAUUUUCGGUUAAGCUGGCUAGGAUGGAUUUCGAAUUAGCUUUCGGUUCCUUGGCUGAAGAUAAUUUUGUUUUCAAAUGGAUAAACUGGGUUCCACCUAAAGUCAAUUAUUUGGUUUGGAGGGCGUUGAUGGGGAAGAUCGCUUCGAGAACCGGUUUAAUUCGUAGGGGUGUUUCUGUUUUGGAUAGCUCCUGCCCGAGAUGUGGCUUGUCCUCCGAAGACCACAACCAUAUUUUCUUUAGUUGCCUAUGGUCCCGGAGUAUUUGGUGGAGUAUCUUGACAUGGAUGCGGAUUAGCUUCCCGAUGUGGGUGUCAAGUAUUAAAGAGCUUUUUGAUUUCCUUCUCAAUCAGCCGGGAUCUUUUUUGUGGAAGAAGGUGAUGUUGUCGGUGGCCUCGGCCACUUUUUGGAGGAUUUGGAAAGCUAGGAAUGAAAAGGCUUUUGAAGAUCGUUUCAUUCCAGUGCUUAAUUCGGUGGAUCAUAUAAAGGAAGACGCCUUUUUGUGGGUCACCAAUAGAUCUAAUUUAAAUCUGGAUUGGGACAAAUGGAGGUUGUUUGAUCUCGUAGGCCUGAUGUAGUUUGCUCUCUCUUUUUUUGUCGGUUUCCUUGUUUGCUUUUUGUUUUCAGCUUCUUGCUGGCUCUUUAUAUAUAUAUAUAAAGUGAUUUUGCCGUU